AGGGGGGGCGAGAGGGGGCAAGGGGCGCCUGCGGCCAUAGCCCCCGCAUGGUGGCGCCAUGGAAGAUGCGCUGCCAGCCUUCCUGCACGUGGCCGAGGACGACGGCACCACCCUAGCCUCAGCUUGGGCAUCCGUGCGGCUCGCCUGGGAGGGGCGCCUGGCUGGCAACCGUAUCGUUGCGGCCAGCGCCGAUGGCCCCGUUGGCGCUGCCAGGAAGGCCCUGGAGGCUUACGAGGCGGCCGAGCGGCACCUGGCCCGGGCGAGGGGGCUUGUUCGCAUGGAGGACCUCGCCGCGGUCGACCGCUGCGGCCACGACCGCAUCUGCCGCGCCGCCGACGCCACGGAGAAGCCGCUGCAGGCCAACCUCAGCCUGGUGUGCCUGCGGCUUGGGGACUGGGCCGGGGCCGAGCGGCGCGCCGCCGCCUGCCUGGCGCUGGACCCCGGCCACGUUAAGGCCAGGUGCAGGCGGGCGAGAGCGCUCCUCGAGCUCGGCCGGCUGGCAGACGCGGAGGGGGACCUGCAGGCAGCGAUUUCGCUGGAGCCUGGCAGCCGGGACGCGCGGGAGUUGCUGCGGCUGUGCCGGCGGGGCGCGCCCUCGGGCGACGACCGCGAGGCUGUGGUGCUCAGCGAGCUCUCCCCUGCCGCGCGCGCGCCCGAGCGUCCGCCAGGCUUAGACGCGGUUGCCCCGCCGAUCGCCAGCGAGUGGGCAGCAGCGCUCCCUGCGUGCGACGCGGGGGAGCCGCUGGAGGCAGUGUUGGGCGGCCUCUGGGCCCAGCUCGGGCGCCCAGGUGGCCGCGGCGGCGGCCUCGGCUUCGCCGCCCGUGCCGCCGCGGAGGCCUGGGCGGCGUCGGGGCCGGGCCGCGCGCGGCGGCUGCUGCUGUCCUCGGUGCCUCGAGGCUGGAGUGCGGCAGACAGCGAGCCCUUGCUGGCGGCCCUGUGCCGCGCGGUCGGCCGCGAGGAGCAGCAGCUCGCGGCCGCUCUGCUACUGCAGCUCGGCGGGGAGGAGCGCGAUGCGCUGCUGGGCCGGCGGCUGGGCGGCGGAGCCUCGCCCUUGCACUUGGCGGCGGUGGCGGGGGCAGAGGGCCUCGUGGAGGCCCUGCUCGACGUUCACGCAGAUCCGGAGCUGACUGACGAGGAGGAGCGCACCCCGCUUCACCACGCCGCCCUGGCGGGCCACGAGCGGGUAGCUGGGCUCCUGCUGGACGCGCCCUGCGCGGCGGACCCCCAGGACAGGCACUCCAGGACACCUCUAUACUACGCGGGGGUGAGUGGUCACAAGGUUCUUGCCGGACUCCUGGUGACUCGGGGUAAGGCGGACCAGAGCAUCCUCUUCCACGCGCUCAAGGAGAAGUUCGGGACGCACAACUACUACCUGCACGACUGGCCAGAGUACAACGGGCGCUGGAUGACCUCCAAGGAGGGCAGGGCGGCGGACGUGCCGCUCCGGAGGCCAGCGCCGCUGCCCUUCGGCCCCGACGAGCUGCAGCGGGGGGGCGCCGCUGCUUCUGCGGUCGGCAACAAGCGCGUCCCACUCGCCUCG